GAGAGAGAGAAAGACAGAGAGAGAGAGAGAGAGAGAGAGAGAGAGAGAGAGAGGGAGGGAGAGCGGUCGUUGAGUCUCAUUUGGCAUUUGCAGCUAUCGACACUGAGCUCCAAGUCGUCUAUAUGCACCCUGUAGAACCGAAUUUGUGUGAGCAAUCAACAACCGCAAAUUCGCGUCUACGGGAAUACAUGGGCGAUUUCAAUACUACCGCUUUGUCAAGCUCUGCUCGAUUAUAGAACUUCUGAUAUGAGAUAUGUUUUAACAGUCAAACAAAUCCAACCAGGGCUAAAGACGAGAAGUGGGUGAGAGACAGAGAGGAGGAGAGAGCCAGGAAAGGGGAAAAACGGUCGAGGAAACCGUAAAGCAUGGGAGAGCGUGGGGAUCAUUGGAGGCGAUUGAUUUACGGCGUUUUACAGACCAAUAAAACUUAGACAACAUUCAACGAGAGGCCUUCAACGUCGCUGGCCGCGUGCGAUUCCAAUAAAUAAGACAUGCUAACGUUAUGUGUCGUUUUUAUUCUUAUCCCAUAAAAACUGACAAAGCAAUGAUAUCCAUUAUUUAAGAAGUAGCGUAGAGAUGCCGUAACCUGGUCUGCUUCUGAGCCUAGUCAAUUACAGGAGCUAGAGGGAUACAGUCUGCAGCCUGUCGUCUUGCUAUUGAUCACGUCCUACUAGCACGACUGCCUCUGCUCUGGCAAGGGUAGUUCCUCUGUUGCAAUAGACUCGCUGGCUAUACUGCUGUAGCCCCAAAAGCAUCCAAUGACUUUAUUUAACUUUUACGGCCUGUUCUACAACCACUAAGCAGUAGGCCUAUACUGGCCUUUCACUGGCAUAUCAUUUCAUUAUUUUCCUGAUUAAUAACAGCAUACAAUCGGGGCCCCAAUUGGUGUUGAUAGUGGCAGUAGCAUACGAAAUCUUGCUGCUAUGAUGAAUAACUGUAAUUAUACUGUCGGUCUCGCCACCAUGUUACCUUGGCAUUUUGGUUUAUUUAACUGGGUCAGUUUCUUGAGCCCUUGUUUGUUUCAAAUAUUAUUUUGUAUAGUCCCACAUUCAUAGGUAUAAGGAUGCAUUAACGUCAGUCUUCUAUUUUUAUUUAUUUAUUUAUCUAGCAUCUGCAUCACUGUACAGAUAUCCUGAAUUAUACCAUCUGUGGAUUUAGGCGAAUACAUCUCUCAGUUGGUAUGGAGUUGACGUUCCUUCCCUAUGUUAGUGUCGAUGCUGCUACUUUGUAUUAUUUUUCCAGCACAUUUUACGAGCCAUGUCAGGUUACCUGUGUCCCACAGCAUGGGCCAGUCCAGCACUGGGGCGCAAGCAGCGAUGGUAUGUGUGCAUUUGGCAAUGUUCAGAAGCAGGUUCAUCGAUAUACCGGGCCUCCAUUUCAUACAACACACUCUCGCACACCUACACAAAGGGGUACAUAAAGAUCCGAAUAAACAUUUGGUUCCUUAUCCGGGGACUACCUCGUUGGCUGCCAUUGGACUGCUGCGUCACGUGGUAAAAGUAACUUUACAGGGUAGCUCGCUAGUAGGAGGGCUUUAUGGACCAGAAAAACGACAAAGGUAGAAAAAUUAUUUUCCACUCCAGAAAUUAAUGAUCAUGAGCUCGUAUUUGAUGGACUCUAACUACAUCGAUCCGAAAUUUCCUCCUUGCGAGGAAUAUUCACAAAAUAGCUACAUCCCCGAACACAGCCCUGAGUAUUACAGCCGCACGAGGGACACCGGCUACCAGCAUCACCACCAGGACUUGUAUCCUCCGCGCGUGACCUAUCCGGACCGCCAGUAUAACUGUGCAAGCAUACCCGAGCCGGAGCCCCAGCGAGGGCAUGGGCUCACGCACUCAGGGAGCCUGCUGGCGGCGGGGAAGGCGCAGACUACUCCACGUGAGCCCCCGCCACCUUUACCCACAUCCCCCACAACCCCACCGACAGCACCUCCCGCCUGCAUUCAAGCUGCCCCGGAGCUUCCCACCAGCACAGCCGCGACUAAGCUGCCCGUGGUCUACCCCUGGAUGAAGAAAAUCCACGUCAGUACCGCGAAUCCCAAUUACAAUGGAGCGGAAGCCAAGCGGUCCAGGACUGCUUACACACGCCAGCAGGUCUUAGAAUUGGAGAAGGAGUUCCACUAUAAUCGCUACCUAACUCGGCGACGACGCAUCGAGAUCGCCCACACCUUGGUGCUCUCGGAGCGGCAGAUCAAAAUUUGGUUUCAGAAUCGCAGGAUGAAGUGGAAAAAAGACCAUAGGCUACCCAACACCAAAGUCAGAUCAUCAUCUUCGUCGUCUACUUCAGGCGCAACCGCCGGGGCCAACACAGCUACCACAGCCGGCAAUGUAUCUAACAGCGCGGGCUCCAGCACCGUAGCAGUCCCCGAGCAACUCUCUCGGGUUCCCGGGGUCGAUCGAGAUCAGGAUAUAACAAGGUUAUAGACACAAGAAUAUUUCAACUUGCGGGAAAAGAACAAUGGAAUAUUUAUGGAAAUAUAUUCUUUUUAUAUGUAUAUUAAGAUAUGUUCUUCGUAGUGUUCUUGUGCGUAAAACUGGGUUUCCUCUGAGUCCAUAGUUAUAUAAAUAUGCAUGUUAUAUAGCAUGGAUUACUGCGAAUACCUAGUGAUUUUUCGGCUAUCAGGGUUUAUUUAUUAAACAUAGUAAUUAUGUAAUUUUAAUAAGUUGUUUUGACUGAGGUAAAUGGACAUUUUGAACAAAAGAGUCUGAGGGAGACUAUCCGUCUGCUCCAUGGCCUACAUGCACAAUCUUGUUAUUUAUUUUACAAACAAAAUUGUAGAUAUUUUUAUUGUUCCCCCAUGUGAAAGAUGAUUACACGUCUUGCAGGGCUGAACGUACGUACUUAGCAUUCGUGUAAAUUAUCAGUAAAAUGUUGUGUUUGUUUUGUUUCUGCGCAACCUCCAAAAUAAGGCCUCUAGUACUGAAUAAAAAGGGUAGUGCGUUUUGUGAUACUAGUAUUGUGAUUUAGACUGACUUAAAGUUGUUACUGUUAAACAAAUGCAAUAAAAUAAGUUUAAAUGUAUUUGUGAUAAUCGUAGUGGCAAAUAAAACUGUGAGUGUCAAUUAGUUUAGAGUACGGCUGGUCGUUUAUUUUACCUAUAUACAUAUUUGGCCUAUAUUUGUACACAGUGGUUUCCACAGAUCAUGUAAACGUCUUCCACAAGGGUACCCAAACAGCAAAACAAAAUACUUUCGAAACUUGAAGUGCUCAAUGGCAUCGGAAAAUUGAUUGAUGUCUCUUCUAACAAUAAUUCUAUUCUUCUACAAGUGAGGGGGCUCCUCGCGAGGGCAAAGGAUUUUCCAAGUCAUCUCACAUGAAUAGAUGUUUUGGGGUUCAUGUAAAGGUUAGAAAGUCCCCCCCUCGUCACAAAAACUGAUAACCUCCACACUCCACCUACACCAAUUUUGCAAGAAUAAAUGGGACUUGCGACUUCAGCUUCAUAGUAUAAUCAAAUUAGAAUAUAUACAUAUAUAACAUAUAAUAUUAUGAGACUGCAAAAACAAUUAUUUGGGAUAGGGGUUUUAAUAUGCAAUUAGCCACGCACACAUUAUAAAAUAUUUGGACACGUUAAUGUAAAUUCACAUCGUCUAUUCCAAAUUAAAGUAGACUCAAACACAGAUAAACCCACCCAGUGUCUUUGUUCCCCGUUUUACACCUACUUUGUCUAGAUGAAGGUUUUAUAUCUUUUAAGAUGACAGUUUGCAAUGAACAAGCUGGUUUUAGUAUAGACCGUAUUUACAGGCUAGUUGUUUGUAUCGUUGUUGGAUGUAGCAUUUAUUUCCACUAAUCAAAGGUCUUAAGGCCUUGAAGCGCGGAUGACUGUAGUGGAGCCGUUAUAUUCUGGCAGCGUCAGUAAAAUUUUUUGUCAAAUAUAAAUAUGUAAGAUUAUGACAACCUCAUCUUAAGAGGCUUGCACACAAAUUCCCAAUUACACUGCAUUGUGCCACGUGGGAAAAUGACUGCAUUUCAAAAGUAGUUUUAAAACUACUAAUGAUUAAUAAUGACUAAUAUCUAAUAACAACUACUGAUUUAUAUGAUGUUUCAUGUUGAAACGUAAAACCCUGUACAACUUAUCAAAGCGACAUCAAUGUGAUUAGACAACUUCUAAGUAACAUAAAGUAAAGUCUGUUGAUUGAACUGUAAAGACUUUGGUUAAAAUCAAGAGUGUUUUGAUCUUUUGUUAAUAGUUUUCAACAUACAUACUGUACUGUCCGUGAGCCACAAUCUCAUUGUGUCGUUCUGUGUUUCAAAAUGUAUUCCUAUGACUGUCCCACUGAGGCUUUUGUUCGGGGACGGGAAAUAAAUACCAUAGGGUUUAUGUGGGAAACAGUUUCAGUAGUUUAUGUCAUUGCUAAAAAAACGUACUGGCUUAAAACAACAAAACAAGCGGCAGCUGGGAUUCGCGGAGCCACUGCAAGGCGUUUUAUUAAGCUGAUCUUGAAUGGCGCUGACUCCAGCUACAACAGACCCCGGCCUGUGAGGAACGCCAUUCCGUGUUAGUAAAGGCACAUUUGCGUGACAGCGUAAUCUGACCUUUCAACUUCAACUUAACUUCUCCCAUCCAGCGCCUAGCCUUCCACUCGAGGUUUCGGACGAUAAAUAGGCUUUAUCGGGCAGUAGUUCACACCCCUUCCCGGGAAGCAAAUAUACUCAGCCUUGUUUAGAUAGAAACAAUCUGACUUGGCUAUUACUUUCCCUGAGAGAGGGGGCGGGGAGGUGAGAUGAGGCUCACGUAGACCAUGCUGGAUCGUCAUAGUACGCGACUAAAACGCCACUGUCGUUCCCUCUGAAUUUUUUUUUCUGCGUUUGCUGUCGUCCAGAAUGUGGAAAGAAGGAUCCCUUUUGAAUUCUUCGAACAGGCGAUAAAGAGGGCUUAGAGUUCAUAGCGAGGGCAGGUCCUUUGCGCUAUUUGGUGUAUGUCAUCCCUUGCUCGACCUUUACAACGUCAUAACACUCACGAAAGCUCUGUCGACUUCUAACAUCUGGGUGUGUGCAUGUGGGUGGGAGUGUAUUUAGGAACGCAUGUGUGUGUGUUGAUAUUGUAAUGUUAUGAUGGCCUUUGAGCUGUUUUGAUGAUAUCCCCAGCCUAUUGAUGGUUGACAAAUUUGUUAUAUAGAUGGUUUCUCAAUAUUUCUUUAGUAAAUCAAAUAAACAAUGUAUAACUACACCAAACAAUUCCGUAAUUCCAUCAUGUUGCAUCAUUAAUUAUACGCUAUACUGUUGAAAAAGUAACUUAUUAAAAUUAUAAUAAAAUCCUUCAUUAGGUCUUCGGACAAUGCCGUGGAAGUUUGUCAGUGAAGAUAAACCGUCUGGACAAAAACAUUACAGUAGCCUAAUACUUAAGCCCAAAUGAUUUGACCAACAUUGAGUGCUGAGAUGGUAAACUUUGAUGGUCUAUUGAGGUGUCAUCGGACUUUUAUCUCCGUGAUAUUCAUCAGUGUAUGAUAAGGAGUAGUAAAUACAGCUUAAUAGAAUGUAAUGCCAGAACGUUAUUGCACACAAGAGAGCAGUUUCAUGCGUGCGGGCCAUCAGAUAUGCUCUAUAAUUUACUGAAUGGCUAGAUGCAGGCAGCCAUGAUACUUAAUAUCACCAACACCAGUUGGUUAGUUUGUAAACACACUGUUUUACAUCAUAUGUGUGUUGUCUUAGCAAAUCACCGUCUCGUUUUGCGACCGUAGACACCGCGCCACUUUGACGUCCCUAUGCCCAACUAUGCCAAGCAUUUAAUUGUAGUAAUUUCACAUGGAAACCUGAUUGAGACUUAACACGUCACACUCCACGAAUCGUCCUCGACCGGUCAGAGGUAAAGCAGUGGAGAAUAUUUUACUGUGAAUGCCAUAGAAGGAAAAGAAUGGACGCCUGAUAGCAGAGGGGUGAUAGGGCUAACGCGUUGGUACUCACAGAGGUUGUUUUCUGCCAGGCUACAGACACUGUGCAGUAGUUCUCUAUGUCUCUCAAUCCCCUACCCCCCCCCCCCCCCCUCACUCACUUACUCACACACACUCACAGACAGUGUAC